AUGGUCGCCUGGAGUGCAUUUCGAUUAAAUAAUUUUGCUAAACAAACUAUUAUUCGUACUAUAUUUGAUAUUAAUUAUGUCUCAGUUCGUGGAGCAGGUUCUCAUAACACAAUACCGAUACUACCGUCUAAUUUUCAAUUUGCUAAAUUUAAGGAUUUGGUAAAUUUUUAUUUUUUUCUCGGAUUCAUACCAUUGACGUUAUUCGCUUUGUACGUAAACAUAUUUGUAGGUCCAGCUCAAUUAGUUCCCACGCCAGAGGGAUACACACCAAAACAUUGGGAAUAUUUUGAGCAUCCGAUAACGAGAUUUUUAGCAGAACAUGUAUUGGGUUCUCCGCAAGAAGGAUAUGAAAGAUAUAUGAGCAAGCUUUAUUAUGAAACUGAAAAGAGAACAAUGAAAAUGACUAAAUCAAAAGUCAACGAUUUAAUGUAUAAAAGACAAGAUUAUCAAUCUUGGUAUUAUUAUGUACCACAAAGAGAAUAUGAUAGACUCGAUAGAGAACAGAGUCUCGAUUUUGAAUUAAAAACACAUGGAGCUGGAACCGGUAUAACAAUGUAA